AUGUCCUGUUGGUAUGCUGGAAAUGUGAACCAUAUUGUUAUGACCCUCAAUCGGUUUGCCGUCAUUUUCUUCCGGAAUGAUACUCUAUUUAGCCGUCGAAAUGUCGUCAUUCUGUUAAUUUGCAAUGUUUUAUUUUCAUGCACAAAUGGAUAUAUUGUACAAUUUGUGUUUCCAUGUUGCGCAUUUUUAUUGGAUCACACUGUCCUUUCAUAUUCUUACUAUAAAAUAAAUGGGGUCAAAAAUUGGACAGGCUUAUCGGAUAUCACUCUCAAUGUGUUUAGUUCUGUGGUCCCAGUUGUGUGCUACUCAAUGAUUAUAUGUGUAUUGCGAAAAAAUAGUAAACGAAUUGCUGGACAAAAAUACGCAAGCGACAAAAAGAAGGGAAAGAGCCGAGAGAUAAUGUAUACAAUUCAAUUUGGAAUCAUCACUUUCACAUUCACAAUUGCUUGGAUUCUAUUCCAAACAUUUCCGUUAUUCAUGCUGAAAUGGAAUGUGAACUGGUUCAUCUGUAUUGCUUUUCUCAACACCUUCAACUCUUCAACAAACGCCGUGGUAUUUCUGAUAUGCAACUCAGAAGUGAAAAAUCUGCUUCCAAAACGAAUUCGAGCAAAUCGCACAUGGAGUGAUGAGACGGAAAGUCGAAGAACUGGAAAUAACUCAACAAAAUGA